AUGGAGGACGCUGAAGAGUCACCUGCUGAAGACCGCAGACUAGGGUUUAUCCGAGAUUACAUCCUGAAAAGUCUGAAAGUCAAACAGGACAAAUGGGACAGACUGGUCUCCACGGAGGACACCAAACAGCUGCUCCAGGACUUCCUGGACAAAGCCGAACCCGGGUCCCUGGUGGGGGUGUCCCUGUCUCCGUCCGGGCAGUUGGAGGCUUCUGCUGCCUUCACGGCCGCAUCGAAAAACAAAUCGGUGUAUUUGGUGAAAGUGAAUAAAACAGCGCUGAGACCGGAGUCCAUGAAAGAGAACCUGGUCUACGGGGACUUGUCUUCCAGUCCACUGGAUCAGUUUUCUGCUCUAGUUCAGGAGGUCGUUGUCCCGCUGCUGUCCAACAGUAGAAACCAGUCUGCAUGGCCACAGGUUCUGUCGCAGGAUGUGCAGCGCCACAUCCACUCCCUCAGGACCAAUGUGCAUGUGGUAUCGGCUCAAGUCCAAGGCAAGACCCUGCUGCCUCUCCCCGCUGGAUCAGAGAGCGUCGAACAGGCCGCCCUGGAGACAGACAAAAGGGGGGAAUCGCUGGAUAUGAGCAUCAUCCACUCCUUGGAGUCAGCUGUGAUUGAGUGGAGCCAUCAGAUCCAUGCGGUCCUCAAGAAAGACUCCUCUGAGUCUCUGCUGGAAGGCAAAAACCCCACACCACAUACUGAGCUGCUCUUCUGGAAGAACAGAUGCACUGAUCUGGAGUACAUCUACUCCCAGUUAACAUCUCUGAAAGUCAAAAAGAUGGCGAUGUUGUUGGAGGCUGUCGAAAGCAGCUAUUAUCCUGCUUUCAUGAACAUGCUACAGGACGUCCGUGAAGCCUUAGAAGAGUCAGAGGACAUUUGUAUCUACUUGAAGCCCCUGGAGCGUCUGUUUGAGGACAUGGAGAAUGUAGAGUUUCCUGAUGUCAGAGUUCAGAUCGGCCCUUUGAUGCACACAGUGUGUCUCGUGUGGGCCAACUCCAGAUACUACAACACCCCAGCACGCCUCAUCGUUCUGCUGCAGGAGACGUCUAACCUCCUCAUACAACAGGCUUGUGGGUAUCUGGUUCCAGAGGAGAUUUUGAGAGGAGAGGUUGCAGAGAGUCUUUUGAAGGUCCAGACCAGCCUGGACAUCCUGCAGCUCUUCAAGAACACCUACGAGGACUGCAGGGCCAAUCUGAGCCAGUACAACAGAAAAGGCAACUCCGUGAGGCCUAUGGACUUUUCUCCGCUCUUGGUCUUUUCGAGACUCGACCUCUUUAUCAACAGAGUCAACAUCAUUAAGGAUAUCCUGUUGACAGUCGUGGACGUCUUCAAGCUGGAGAAACUUGAGAUUGGAGGCGUCAAAGGCCGAGCUCUGAGCCAGCAGGUCCAGAUGGUCCACCAAGACUUUUUGGAAAUCUACAAAUUAUUUUCAGAGAAGCCAUAUGACUGCUUGGAUCUCAGCAACAGGGAGUUUGAAGACGAUGUGAGGGAGUUCAAACUGAAAGUGGAUGACACAGACCGGCAACUAGGAGCCAUCUUCCGUCGGGCCUUUGAUGACGCCUCCGGACUGGAGCACGCCUUCAAGGUUGUUGAUAUGUUUGGUAGCUUGCUGGAGCGCCCCUUAGUGGCUGCAGAUGCUCUGGACAGAUACCCACUUCUUGUCUCCAUGUUUGACAAGGAGUUAGACGACUGUAAAUUCCUCUACGACAAACACAUUCAAGCUGCAGAGGAGCUGGGUUCGACUCCAGUGAAUAAGAAUAUGCCGCCAGUAGCUGGGGGGCUGAAAUGGGCCCAGGCGCUACAGCAGCGCAUCCAGAGCGCCUUCUCCAAAUUUAGACAUAUCUCCUACCCGUGCCUGGAGUCUGCAGCAGGAGCCACGGUCAUCCAGAAGUAUGAGGAGAUGAUGCAACUGUUGGACAGAUACUCCAGAAACCUAUAUGAGUCGUGGAAAGAGACAGUAGGCGAGAGCUCUCAGUACAACCUCGGCCUGCCGUUGAUCAGCAGAGACCCCUCCACUCAUCUGAUUGCAGUCAACUUCAACCCCCAGCUGGUGUCAGUCCUGAGGGAAGUGAAGUACUUGGAGGCCAUGCAUACUGAGGCGAUUCCUGAAACGGCAAUGCAGCUCUACACCAACAGGGGGCAACUGUGGCAGUAUGUGGGCAACUUGGAGCUCACCGUGGGCCGAUACAACAAGGUGAUGCACUCUGUGCUCAAUGUGGAGCAUCCUCUGAUCCAGGGCCAGCUCGCGGACAUCGAUGAUCAGCUCAGAAAGGCAGAGGAGAACUUGAGCUGGAACAGUGAAGGUAUUUGGCAAUAUAUUCAAGAGGUGAGGGACUCCAUCUGUGACCUGGAAAGCCGACUUCAGAGGACCAAAGACAACGUGGAGGAGAUCCAGACUUGCAUGAGGUCCUGGGCCAGCCCCAUAUUCGACAGGAAAGAGGGCAAAAAAGACGCGCUGCUGAGUCUGGAGGACCGAGCCGAGAAGCUGGACAAGUUUUACAGAAUGAUUCGUUCCUCUGGGGAAAAGAUCCACUUCCUGCUGAAGAAAAAUAUGGAGCUGUUCAGAGCGGAGUCGUCCUCUGAGGAGUGGAAGGCCUAUGUGGAGUACAUCGACGACAUGAUCAUCGAUGGGUUCUUUAAUAGCGUGGAAUGCUCACUCAGGUUCUUCCUGGAUAACACAGAUCAGAAAACUGUUGUGGCCCCUCUGUUUAAAGUUGAGUUGGAUCUGACAAUUCCUGAUGUGGUGUUCACUCCAUCUUUGGACUUCGAGGCAUCAGACGGGUUCUUUCAGCUUGUGGAAAGCCUCACCGAUGACGUCUUCAAAAUUUCCUCAUUAGUGCCUCGUCUUGCCCAGCAUAGCCCCUUCCCCGACUACCAGGCUGAUAUGGAGGAAAUGGCUGAUCUGGCUGACAUGCGUAAUCUCCUCAUGGAUCGUGUGCGCGGCGUCAUGGUAGAGUGCUGCCAAUAUCGCAACUCGCUGGAACACUACAGCUACCUGUACGUAGAUGACAGGAAGGAGUUCAUGCGUCAGUUCCUGCUGUAUGGCCGUGUCUUAACCAGUCAGGAGAUGGAGGAUUAUGUAGACAGUGGCAUCCCAGAGAACCCACCCACACUGGACAACUUCAAGGAGGAGGUGGACAGGUAUGAAAAGAUCUAUGAGGAAGUGUGGCGUCUGGAGCCGGUGCGUGUGUUCAGUGGGUGGAUGAGGCUAGAUGGUCGUGGCCUAAAGAGCGCCCUGCUUAACGUCAUCAAGAAAUGGAGUUUCAUGUUCAAACGGCACCUCAUGGACCAUGUGACCAACAGUCUGUCAGACCUGGAUCAGUUUAUCAGUGUGACCGAGGCUGGACUGGGAAAUCAUGUGGAGGAGGGUGACUACGACGGCCUGGUGGGGGUCAUGGGUCACCUACUGGCUGUUAAGGAAAGACAGAACACCACAGAUGCCAUGUUCGAACCCCUUCAACAAACCAUCGCUCUGCUGAAGGUCUAUGAACAGGAGCUGCCCGACGUGGUCUACAAACAGUUACAGGAGUUGCCAGAAAAGUGGAAGAAUGUGAAAAAGCAGGCGGUGUUGGUCAAACAGCAGGUGGCGCCGCUGCAGGCCAUCGAGGUGGCAAGCCUGCGCAGAAAGUGUGCUUCCUUUGACGUCGAACAGCACACCUUCAAGGAACAUUUCCACAAAAAUGGUCCUUUCAGAUUUGACAGUAAGAAUCCCUACCAGAUGCUGGACUCUUUCCAUCGGCAAGUCCAGGAGCGGGAGGUGGUGAUGGCCUCCCUGGUGGAGUCUGCCAGUUUGUUCGAGGUCACCAUCUCCGACUACAAACAGCUCCGACAAUGCAGACGCGAGACGGUUCUGCUGAAAGAGCUGUGGGCCAUGAUCGACGUGGUGUGCUCCAGCAUGGCAGCUUGGGAGACGACUCCAUGGAGAGAGAUCCAUGUAGAGGACAUGGAGCUGGAGUGCAAACGCUUCUCUAAGGAGAUCCGAGGGCUGGAUAAAGAGGUGCGAGCGUGGAAUGCUUUCACAGGUUUGGACAGCAAAGUAAAGAACCUCCUCAUCUCCCUCCGGGCCGUAGCAGAGCUGCAGAACCCGGCCAUCCGACCCCGACACUGGCAUCAGCUCAUGGCUGCCACUGGAGUCCGAUUCACCAUGGGCCAGGAAACCACACUGGCCGACCUGCUGCAGCUGAACCUGCACUGCUUUGAAGAGGAGGUGAGAGGGAUCGUGGACAAAGCUGUUAAAGAGAUGGGAAUGGAGAAAGUCCUGUCGGAGCUCAAUUCCACCUGGACAGGUAUGCAGUUCCAGUAUGAGCCCCACCACAGGACCCAGGUGCCUCUGCUGCGCACUGAUGAGGAGCUCAUUGAGACGCUGGAGGACAACCAGGUCCAGCUGCAGAAUCUCAUGUCAUCUAAGUACAUCGCUCACUUCCUGGAUGAAGUGUCGUCGUGGCAGAGCAAGCUGUCUGUGGCUGACUCGGUCAUCUCCAUCUGGUUCGAGGUGCAGCGGACGUGGACGCACCUUGAAAGCAUCUUCAUUGGCUCAGAGGACAUCCGCUCUCAGCUGCCUGAGGACUCCAAGCGUUUUGAGGGGAUUGAUGCUGAUUUCAAAGAGCUGGCAAACGCCUUGCAUCAAAUACCAAACGUGGUGGAGGCUACCAAUAAACCGGGCCUGUUUGGUAGGCUGGAGGACAUCCAGAGCAGGUUGUCUCUGUGUGAAAAAGCUCUGGCAGAGUACCUGGACACUAAGCGUCUUGCCUUCCCCAGGUUUUACUUUAUCUCUUCAGCUGAUCUGUUGGACAUCCUGUCCAACGGGACCAGCCCACACCAGGUCCAGAAGCAUCUGUCCAAGCUGUUUGACAACAUGGCGAAGAUGCGAUUUGAAGCAGAUGGAGAGGGGAAUCCUUCUAAGACCGGUCUGGGCAUGUACAGCAAAGAGGAGGAGUAUGUCCCCUUUAAUCAGAGCUGUGACUGCACUGGACAGGUGGAGGUGUGGUUGAACCGUGUUAUGGAUACCAUGCGCUCCACAGUUCGCCAUGAGAUGACAGAGGCCGUCAUGGCCUACGAGGAAAAACCCAGAGAGCAGUGGCUGUUUGACUACCCGGCUCAGGUUGCACUGACCUGCACUCAGAUCUGGUGGACUUCGGAUGUGGGCAUGGCUUUCAGCCGUCUGGAGGAGGGACACGACAACGCCAUGAAGGAGUAUUAUAAAAAGCAGGUGGCCCAGCUCAACACUCUCAUCUCCAUGCUGAUUGGCCAGCUUUCACCUGGCGAUCGGCAAAAGGUCAUGACCAUCUGCACUAUCGACGUCCACGCCAGAGAUGUAGUGGCCAAGAUGAUCACACAGAAGGUGGAGAAUUCUCAGGCGUUCGUGUGGCUCUCCCAGCUGAGACAUCGGUGGGAUGACAAGGACAAGCAUUGUUUCGCUAACAUCUGUGAUGCUCAGUUUCUCUACUCCUAUGAAUACCUGGGCAACACGCCGCGAUUAGUCAUCACUCCUCUAACAGACAGAUGCUACAUUACCCUGACCCAGUCUCUCCACCUGACAAUGAGUGGAGCUCCAGCAGGGCCUGCAGGAACAGGGAAGACGGAGACUACAAAGGACCUGGGACGAGCCCUUGGCAUCAUGGUCUAUGUAUUCAACUGCUCAGAGCAAAUGGACUACAAGUCCUGUGGGAACAUCUACAAAGGCCUGGCUCAGACGGGGGCGUGGGGCUGCUUUGACGAAUUCAACAGGAUCUCAGUAGAGGUGCUGUCAGUGGUGGCUGUACAGGUCAAAAGCAUCCAGGAUGCCAUUCGAAAUAAGAAGAAGAGGUUUAACUUCAUGGGGGAAGAGGUAAAUCUAUGCCCCUCCGUAGGCAUCUUCAUCACCAUGAAUCCAGGCUACGCUGGUAGGACUGAACUGCCCGAGAACCUCAAGGCUCUGUUCAGACCCUGUGCCAUGGUGGUGCCAGACUUCGAGCUGAUCUGUGAGAUCAUGCUGGUGGCCGAAGGCUUCCUUACAGCUCGGGUGCUCGCUAGGAAGUUUAUCACCCUCUACACUCUGUGCAAAGAGCUGUUGUCCAAACAGGACCACUACGACUGGGGCCUUCGAGCCAUCAAGUCGGUCCUGGUGGUGGCCGGCUCGCUGAAGAGAGGAGACCCCGACCGGGCCGAGGACCAGGUCCUGAUGCGCGCUCUGAGAGACUUCAACAUCCCCAAGAUUGUGACGGAUGACAUGCCGGUGUUCAUGGGCCUGAUCGGCGACCUGUUCCCCGCCUUGGACGUCCCCAGGAAGAGAGACCUGGACUUCGAGAAACACGUGAAGGAGUCCAUUCUGGAUUUGAAGCUACAGGCCGAGGACAAUUUUGUGCUGAAGGUGGUGCAGCUGGAGGAGCUAUUGGCUGUACGCCACUCUGUGUUCGUGAUCGGGAACGCAGGCACCGGGAAGAGCCAGGUGAUGAGGUCACUCCAACGAACCUAUCAGACCAUGAAGCGUCGGCCUGUGUGGGCGGACCUGAACCCCAAGGCUGUGACCAAUGACGAGCUUUUCGGCAUCAUCAACCCAGCAACCAGAGAGUGGAAAGACGGCCUCUUUUCCAAUAUCAUGCGUGAAUUGGCCAACAUCAGACACAGUGGGCCAAAGUGGAUCGUUCUGGACGGAGAUAUUGACCCGAUGUGGAUUGAAUCACUCAACACAGUCAUGGACGACAAUAAGGUGCUGACUCUGGCCAGUAAUGAGCGGAUUCCACUAAACCCCACCAUGAGACUAGUGUUUGAGAUCAGCCACCUUCGCACCGCUACCCCCGCAACUGUGUCCAGAGCAGGUAUCUUGUACAUAAAUCCAGCAGACCUCGGCUGGAACCCCCCCGUUCACAGCUGGAUCGACAAACGGGAGAUCCAAUCGGAGAAGGCCAACCUGACCAUUCUGUUCGACAAGUACCUCCCCUCCUGCCUGGAAGUCCUCAGAUCAAGGUUUAAGAAGAUCAUCCCUGUCCCAGAGCAGAGUAUGGUCCAGAUGUUGUGCUACUUGCUGGAGUGUCUGCUCACUCCAGAAAACACCCCAGCAGACUCCGCCAAAGAACUGUAUGAACUGUAUUUUGUCUUUGCUGCCGUCUGGGCCUUUGGGGGAGCCAUGUUCCAGGACCAGCUGGUCGACUACAGAGUGGAGUUCAGCAAGUGGUGGGUGGCCGAGUUCAAAACCAUCAAGUUUCCGUCCCAGGGCACCGUCUUUGAUUACUACAUCGACCCCGAGACCAAGAAGUUUGAACCCUGGACCAAAAUGGUGCCCAAGUUCCAGAUGGACGCAGAUACACCACUUCAGGCAUGUUUGGUCCACACAAGAGAGACCAUUCGAAUUCGGUACUUCAUGGACCGCCUCCUGGAGCACCGUCGACCCGUCAUGCUGGUCGGGAACGCCGGUGCUGGGAAGUCCGUUCUGGUCGGAGACAAACUGGGCUCAUUGGACCCAGAGAAAUACAUGAUCAAAAACGUACCCUUUAACUAUUACACCACAUCAGCUAUGCUCCAAGCUGUUUUAGAAAAGCCUCUUGAAAAGAAAGCAGGGCGUAACUAUGGCCCUCCAGGCAGCAGGAGACUGAUUUACUUCAUAGACGACAUGAACAUGCCUGAGGUGGACACCUAUGGUACAGUCCAACCUCACACACUCAUACGCCAACACAUGGACUACAACCACUGGUAUGACCGCAAUAAGCUGCUUUUGAAGGAAAUACACAACGUUCAAUACGUGUCCUGCAUGAAUCCUACAGCCGGGAGCUUUACCAUCAAUCCACGACUGCAGCGACACUUCUCUGUCUUUGCCCUGUCCUUUCCCGGGGAUGAGGCCCUGAGCACCAUCUACACCUCCAUCCUGUCUCAGCACCUGAAGGGUGAAGGCUUCAGCGCUGGCCUUCAGAAGAGCUGUCCCACCCUGGUCCAGUUAGCCCUGGCCCUGCACCAGCGCAUCGCCACCACCUUCCUCCCCACCGCCGUCAAGUUCCACUACAUCUUCAACCUGAGGGACCUCUCCAACAUAUUCCAGGGCAUUCUCUUCUGUACCAGCGAGUGUCUGAAAACCCCUCCGGACCUGCUGAGAAUCUACCUGCACGAGUCCAACCGCGUCUACAGAGACAAACUGGUGGAGGAGCAGGACUUCCAGGUCUUUGAUAAGCUGCAGGCGGACACAGUGAAAAAGUUCUACGAGGACAUGGACGAAACUCUGGAGCAAACCAGGGAGAUGAACCUGUACUGCCACUUCGCCCAUGGGAUGGGGGAGUCCAGGUACAUGGCUGUGGAGUCCUGGAGCGGCCUCAAUAAAACCCUGCUGGAGGUGUUGGACAACUACAAUGAGGUCAACGCCACCCUGAACCUGGUGCUGUUUGAGGAUGCCAUGGCUCACAUCUGCCGUAUAAACCGAAUCCUGGAGUCUCCACGGGGUAAUGCACUGCUGGUCGGAGUGGGCGGCAGCGGCAAGCAGAGUCUGACCCGUCUGGCUGCCUUCAUCUCCAAUCUGGAGGUUUUCCAGAUCACCUUGAGAAAAGGCUACAGUAUCACUGACCUCAAGACUGACCUGGCGUCCCUCUACAUCAAAGCUGGCGUGAAGAAUAUUGGCACCGUCUUCCUAAUGACUGACGCCCAAGUGGCAGACGAGAAGUUCCUCGUUCUGGUCAACGAUCUGUUGGCAUCGGGAGAGAUCCCUGACCUGUUCCCAGACGACGAGGUGGAGAACAUCAUUGGCAGCAUGAGGCCAGAGGUCCGGAGCUCGGGAUUGAUGGAUACGCGGGAAAACUGCUGGAAGUUCUUCAUCGACCGCGUUCGAAGACAGCUCAAGGUGGCUCUGUGCUUCUCCCCAGUCGGCAGUAAACUGAGGGUACGAGGCAGGAAGUUCCCUGCAGUGGUCAACUGUACAGCCAUCGACUGGUUCCACGAGUGGCCACAGGAGGCGUUAGAGUCGGUCAGCUUUAAGUUCCUCCAGGAGGUCGAGAAUAUUGAACCCCAAGUGAAGGAGUCAGUCAGUAAAUUCAUGGCGUACGUCCACAUGAGUGUCAAUCACACAUCCAAGGAGUACCUGGCUAAUGAGCGGCGCUACAACUACACCACCCCCAAGUCUUUCCUGGAGCAGAUUAAACUGUAUCAGAGUCUUCUGGGUCAGAAGAGUAAAGACCUCACCACCAAGAUGGAGCGUCUGGAGAACGGCCUGCAGAAGCUCAACAGCACCUCCGCUCAGGUGGAUGACCUCAAGGCCAAACUGGCUGCUCAAGAAGUGGAACUAAAGCAGAAGAACGAGGACGCUGACAAACUGAUCCAGGUGGUGGGCAUAGAAACUGAAAAGGUGUCCAAGGAAAAGGCGGUGGCUGAUGAGGAAGAGCAAAAGGUGGCGGCCAUUGCUGUGGUGGUCAGCGGCAAACAGAGAGACUGCGAAGAAGACUUGGCUAAAGCAGAACCGGCCCUCCUAGCUGCUCAGGAUGCCCUUAACACUCUUAAUAAGAACAACCUGACCGAGUUGAAGUCGUUCGGCUCUCCGGUGGCAGCAGUGACCAACGUCACAGCGGCGGUAAUGACGCUGAUGGCGCCCGGCGGCAAAGUCCCAAAGGAUCGCAGCUGGAAGGCCGCGAAGGUGAUGAUGGCCAAAGUGGACACGUUCCUGGACUCUCUGAUAAACUUCAACAAGGAGAACAUCCCAGAGGCUUGUCUGAAAGCCAUUCAGCCUUACCUGCAGGAUAAAGAGUUCCAACCAGAACUCGUGGCUGCUAAGUCAAACGCGGCUGCCGGCCUUUGCUCCUGGGUGUUAAACAUUGUCAAGUUCUACGAGGUUUACUGCGAGGUGGAGCCCAAACGUCAGGCUCUUACCAAGGCCAACGCCGAACUGGCUGCUGCACAGGAGAAACUUUCUACCAUCAAGCGCAAGAUCAACCACCUUAAUGAGAACCUGGCCAAGCUGACAGCCAAGUUUGAGAAAGCGACUGCAGACAAGCUGAAGUGCCAACAGGAAGCAGAAUCAACGGCGCACAUCAUUUCCCUGGCCAACCGCCUGGUGGGAGGUCUGGCGUCGGAGAACGUACGUUGGGCCGAGGCUGUAGAGAACUUUAAGAAGCAGGAGAGGAGUCUUUGCGGGGACGUCCUCCUCAUCACCGCCUUCAUCUCCUACCUGGGCUAUUUCACAAAACACUACAGGAUCCAGCUCAUGGACAACCUGUGGAGGCCUUACCUCAGUCAGCUGAAGGUUCCCAUCCCAGCGACCCCUGACCUGGACCCUUUGACCAUGAUGACAGACGACGCCGACAUCGCUACGUGGCAGAAUGAGGGGCUUCCUGCAGACAGGAUGUCCACUGAAAACGCCACUAUUCUCACUUCCUGCCAGCGCUGGCCCCUCAUGGUGGACCCACAGCUUCAGGGCAUUAAGUGGAUCAAGAACAAAUACAGCGAGAGCCUGCAGGUCAUCCGAAUAGGACAGAAAGGGUACCUGGAUGCCAUAGAGAGAGCUCUGUCAGCAGGUGACGUGGUUCUGAUAGAGAACCUAGAAGAGACCUUGGAUCCUGUUCUGGGACCUCUGUUAGGAAGAGAAACCAUUAAAAAGGGCAGAUACAUAAAGAUUGGAGAUAAGGAGUGUGAGUACAACCCCAGUUUUCGCCUCAUUCUGCACACCAAACUGGCCAACCCUCAUUACCAGCCGGAGCUGCAGGCCCAGUGCACCUUGAUCAAUUUCACAGUGACCAGAGACGGUCUGGAGGACCAGCUGCUGGCCGCCGUGGUCAGCAUGGAGAGACCUGACCUGGAACAACUGAAGUCCGACCUCACCAAAGAGCAGAACGGUUUCAAGAUCACCCUGAAGACACUGGAGGACAACCUGCUGUCCCGUUUGUCCUCGGCUUCAGGGAACUUCCUGGGUGACACGGAGCUGGUGGAAAACCUGGAAACGACUAAACGCACAGCAGCUGAGAUCGAAGAGAAGGUAAAAGAAGCCAAGGUGACAGAGGCCAAAAUCAAUGAGGCUCGGGAGCACUACAGACCUGCAGCAGCACGGGCUUCCUUAUUGUACUUCAUAAUGAACGACCUCAAUAAAAUCCACCCCAUGUACCAGUUCUCUCUGAAGGCAUUCAGCGUGGUCUUCCAGAAAGCGGUUGUGAAGGCUGAUCCGGACGAGGCUCUGAAGCAGCGGGUGUCCAACCUAAUUGACAGCAUCACCUCGUCAGUCUUCCAGUACACCACCAGAGGCCUGUUUGAGUGUGACAAGCUCACGUACAUCGCUCAGCUCGCCUUCCAGAUCCUGCUGAUGAAUAAAGAAAUAAACCCUGUAGAGCUGGACUUCCUUCUGAGAUACCCUGUCCAACCUGGUGUAACAUCACCUGUGGAUUUUCUAUCCAACCACUCCUGGGGAGGGAUCAAGUCCCUUUGCUCUAUGGACGAAUUCAAGAACCUGGAUCGAGACAUCGAGGGCUCAGCCAAACGCUGGAAGAAAUUUGCAGAGUCCGAGUGUCCAGAAAAAGAGAAAUUCCCCCAAGAGUGGAAAAACAAAACGUCACUGCAGAGAUUGUGCAUGAUGAGAGCCCUGAGGCCGGACCGCAUGAUGUAUGCCGUCAGAGACUUCGUAGAGGAGAAACUGGGGAGCAAAUAUGUGAUUGGCAGAUCACUGGACUUUGCCGUCUCCUUUGAAGAGUCUGGACCAGCUACGCCCAUGUUCUUCAUCCUCUCUCCUGGAGUUGACCCUUUGAAGGAUGUGGAGAAACAUGGAAAGAAACUCGGUUAUACAUUUGACAACAAGAACUUCCACAAUGUGUCUCUGGGUCAGGGUCAAGAAAUUAUAGCUGAACAAGCCCUGGAUUUGGCAGCAAAGGACGGUCACUGGGUUAUACUACAGAACAUCCACCUGGUGGCUCGCUGGCUGGGCACAUUAGAGAAACUCCUCGAACAGCAUGCAGAAGGAAGCCAUGAAAAUUUCAGAGUGUUCGUGAGCGCUGAGCCCUCAUCUACCCCAGAGGGUCAUAUCAUCCCACAGGGUAUUCUGGAGAACUCCAUCAAGAUCACCAAUGAACCACCAACUGGAAUGCACGCCAACCUGCAUAAGGCUCUGGACAACUUUAACCAGGACACGCUGGAAAUGUGCACACGGGAAAAUGAGUUCAAGAGCAUUCUGUUUGCCUUGUGCUACUUCCAUGCCGUGGUGGCAGAGAGGAGAAAGUUUGGUCCUCAGGGCUGGAACAGAUCAUACCCCUUCAACACUGGGGACCUCACCAUUUCUAUCAACGUCCUCCACAACUACCUGGAAGCCAAUUCUGUGGUGCCGUAUGACGACCUGCGCUACCUUUUCGGUGAGAUCAUGUAUGGGGGUCACAUCACGGAUGACUGGGACCGCCGUCUGUGUCGGACCUACCUGGGGGAGUUUAUCAAACCCGAGAUGAUGGAGGGGGAGCUGUAUCUAGCUCCUGGUUUCCCAUUGCCAGGAAACAUGGACUAUAACAGUUAUCACCAGUACAUCGAUGACACCCUACCUGCAGAGUCGCCCUACCUUUACGGCCUUCAUCCCAACGCUGAGAUCGGCUUCCUCACACAGACCUCAGAGAAACUUUUCCGCACAGUGCUGGAGAUGCAGCCCAGAGACGGAGGGGGCGGUGAGGGCGGUGGGACGACACGUGAGGAAAAGGUGCGUGCGGUGCUGGAGGAGAUCAUGGAGAAACUGCCGGAGGAGUUCAACAUGGUCGAGCUGCUGGCGAAGGCGGAGGACAGGACUCCUUACCAGGUGGUGGCGCUGCAGGAAUGUGAGCGUAUGAAUAUGCUCAUUCAAGAGAUAAGACGCUCCCUCCGAGAGCUCAACCUGGGACUAAAGGGAGAGCUGACUAUGACCAGUGACAUGGAGAACCUCCAGAACGCCAUUUUCCUGGACCUGGUACCAGACAGCUGGACCAAGCGGGCCUACCCGUCCAUGUCAGGCCUGGCCCUGUGGUUCACUGAUCUACUGUCUAGGAUCAAAGAGCUGGAAGCCUGGUCCACAGACUUCGUGUUACCCUCUGUCGUAUGGUUGGCGGGCUUCUUCAACCCUCAGUCCUUCCUCACAGCAAUCAUGCAGGCCAUGGCCCGGAGGAACGAGUGGCCUCUGGACAGCAUGUGUCUGCAGUGUGACGUGACCAAAAAGAACCGGGAGGACUUCAGUUCACCACCUCGUGAAGGGGCGUACGUACACGGACUGUACAUGGAGGGUGCACGCUGGGACACACAGACCGGUCUCAUCGUAGACGCUCGUCUGAAGGAGCUGACCCCGAACAUGCCGGUCAUCUUCAUUAAAGCCAUCCCAGUGGACAAGCAGGAGGUCAAGAACGUCUACAACUGUCCUGUGUACAAAACCCGCCAGAGGGGCCCUACCUAUGUCUGGACCUUCAACCUGAAGACCAAAGAGAAGCCCUCCAAGUGGACUUUAGCUGGAGUUGCACUACUUCUGCAGAUCUAGACACACUUUUAGACACUGGACCAAGGCCAACAGGGUAUUUACAGUCCUAUGAAGACCAAAUAUUUGAGGCAAGUCGCUGAAACCUUUAACGUAAUAUUUUUCUGACCCCUAAAACUAUGCAGUAAAAUACAUUCUUGCUCAGGGUUAUUGCUGCUGUAUCCUCACUCGAGUGUCUACUGUUCGCAAACUUUCAAUAAGUAUUUCUAUGGAACUCACUUCAAAUUGACACUACUUGA